AUGUUCAGGUCAUUGGAUAGCAUAGAACGUUAUUACGUUUGUAGAAAUGAUAAUAACAUAUACUCCAACUUUGCUAUCACCAGCAAAUACAGUAAACCUUUAACUAAAGAGUUGAUCUCGCAGACUUUGGUUCAAUUGUGUGAAUUGUAUCCAGUCUUUGUCAGUACUUUCUCAAAUAAAGGUACAGAUAAAGAUUGCAAUGAUUACAUUCUCGAGUCGGUAAACGAGUUAUUGUUCGACGACGUAGUUAUCACUGUGGAUCAACCUUUCAGUGAAGAACAAUUGAAAUUCGUCAAUGAGAUUAGAUGUUCUGCAAAUGAAGGUAAACCAACUUGGAGGUUAGUUUUAUUCAAUGAUAAUUACUUAACCUUUUUGUGUGAUCAUGCAUUAUUUGACGGUCAAAGUGGUAUGAACUUCCAUAUAGAAUUCUGUAAGAUUGUUAGUACUAUUGUGGACCCCAAGUUUGUUGAAAGAAUUUAUGUCAAACACCAAGAUUUUCACCCACCACCUAAAACUGAGGAUAUUAUUGAUUUAUUCAAAGUGUCCUGGGUAGAUUAUUUGAAAGCCUACUUGAAGAAGUUGGUUCCGAAAUUUCUUUCACAAUGGUUGAGUUAUCCUUUCCUUAUCAAAUACCCCCUUUUCAAAGAAUCACAUCCAAAAAGUAUUUAUUCCAAUUACAAAAUCAUCAACAUUCCACAUGAUCAACUUGAAGAUCUUUUAAGUAUUCUUAAGUUCAAUGGGGUAAGUUUGACUGCAUUCUUGAAUGUCUUUCUCCAUUACUGUUUGCAGAAUACCAUCUUACCAUCGUUGACUACUCAGUUGUCGUCGGUUUUAUCAUCAAUUCCUAUAUCUGGAAGACGUUAUUAUUCACCAUUCAAGGAGUCUAAAUUUAGAUUUAUGAUUUCUGCUGUGGAUAUCAUUCUAGCCCCUAUAACUGCAAUCAAUGAUAAUUGGUGGCCAAUUAUCAAGCAUAUCAAUAAAGAGAUCAAUAAUCAAGUAAAGUCAAGAGAUAUUUUUAGACAUCCGCCUAUUCACAGCCCCUAUCAGUAUAUUGCACCCGAUAAGCCUAAUACUUGUGUGCCGCUUUACGAGCUCUCCAAUUUGGGGUUCAAUAAUGUAUCCUUCGGUGAGUGGAGUUUAACCGAUGUAGUAUUCAGUCAAUGUAUUGGAAUUACCAAUACCUUUGGUUUCACUGUGGCCUCAACUCCCAAUUCCAUGAACAUAGUAUUUUCCUAUCUUGAUGAAUACGGACAUUGUCCAAAUGAAAAUUUCGUGACCUUCUUCAAAGACAGCAUGGUCAAAUUCAUAACAAACAACCGAUGA